AUGGGUUCUUCACAGAAUCAAUUCCACGCUGUCUGGGACUCAAAUAAACCAAGACAACCAGCCAUCGAAACACCGUGCGCAUUCGGCGCCCAAGAUGGUCUCUUGAGCCUCAUGGAGAGGGUAUUCUCUCUACACAUCCUCUCUCGAGAAACUGGAAACCUGGAUUCAGAAUCAAUCUCUCAAGCCCUCGGCAUAUGGAAUGACCUGGAGCACUUGAACCCCCCAGAAACCCUCGAUUCAUCCGAUUCCCUGUCCCUACAUGCAUCCUGUGUAUCGGCACUGUUUGUGUGGCUUUAUCUCGUUGUACAUCCGGAAGAUAUGGAAGAGGAGAAGGUCCAAAAUACUGUAUAUACAGGUCUUGUUAACGCAGAGAAUGUCUCUGAUGUCAAGUUUCACCCAUUUUUGCUUACCCCUGCUUUUUGUCUUGGUCUGGCUAGCAUUCGGAGGGAGGAUAGAGACUAUGUGAAGGCUCUUUUUGACAAGGCUGAGCGGUCGGGUAUAUCGAGGGAAUUCAGAGAAAUUGUCAAUGGAAGCUGGAAGAGGCGGGACAAGGGUGUGAAAAGGAGCUGGGACUGGGGAAGUUGA